GAGCGUCUCUUCUCUCUCUCUCUCUGUGAUUGUUUUGGAGCGGAAAUUUUAAUGGGGUUGGGGUGAUUGCGAAUGAAUAAGAAAUGUCAUUUUCGCUUGCUAUUAACUCCAAAAUCCAACCAUUCCCACUAUACCUUCUCUAGCGGGAGAAUCCCUUCUAUUCUACUCCACUUACCUCCUUCCUUUUCUUUCUCUCUCCCUCUCCCUCUCCAACUCCUAAAUCUCGCCCGACCAGUUUCGCUUCAUUGUUUUUUCAUUUACCUGUUAAACUAAUGGCGAUGGAAUAGUGAUCCAUUCCUCCUACCCACUUGUGUUUUUUCCUUCUCUGCCUGGUUUAGGGUUUAGGUAUUGAUUCAGUUGUGGUGGGAGAAAGGGAAUCAAUCGAAUUUAGGAAUGGAAGGCGAACGACCCAGGUCGGAGAAUCCCGCCAUGACCUUCGACGAGGUCUCUAUGGAGCGCAGCAAAAGCUUCGUGAAAGCUCUGCAGGAGCUCAAGAACUUAAGGCCUCAACUUUACUCAGCUGCAGAGUACUGUGAGAAGUCUUAUCUGCAUAGUGAGCAGAAACAGAUGGUGCUUGACAAUCUGAAAGAUUAUGCUGUGAGGGCCCUUGUCAAUGCUGUUGACCAUCUUGGCACUGUUGCAUACAAGUUAACGGACCUGCUUGAUCAACAAACACUGGAAGUCACCACCACGGGGGUCAAAAUUUCUUGUAUAAAUCAGCAACUUCUUACAUGUCAAACCUAUAUAGAGAAAGAAGGUCUCAGGCAACAGCAGUUGUUGGCAAUCAUUCCACGACAUCACAAGCAUUAUGUUUUGCCGAACUCGGUCAGUAAGAAGGUACAUUUUAGUCCCCACGUACAGGCUGAUACAAGGCAAAAUCAUUUUCAAGCUAGAUCUCGUCUUCAGCCUUCAGCUUCUCCAGCUUCCAAAACACUUUCUUGGCACCUAUCCUCGGAGACAAAGCCCACCAUUAAAGGGUCAAUAAGUACUUUGGAAAGCAGCGAGGAAUCAAAAUCUUCUGGAGGAUCUUCAGCAGCAUUUCAGCUCUUAGAUAAAGAUGAUAGUACCGUGUCAAAACCCUCUGGAACAGCUUAUGCAUCAAGUGGAAUCCAACCAUCGAGCGGAGGCAUGCAAAGUUUUGGUGUACCACGCAAGGAAGCAGUGGACGGGUCUAAACACUUGGGAGGUUUCAGGUCAUUCGAUAACCCAAGACGUGAUAUUGUUCGCACCCCUGUCCCCUUUCGGAGUAAGAGUGUUCUUUCGGCCUUCUUCGUGAAGCAGAAAGCAUCCAGGCUGAGCGCAGGCUCCGUUUCUUGAUCCAAAACCCACCUCUGCACCUAAGACAUCUACUGCGUGUUUGUGGCUGUCGAACUCCUUUCUCCUCUGGCCUGAUGAGCAUGAUUGUUGAUAAAAAUGCUGUAGUAUUAGUAGUUCUGUUCUUAGUUACUAGUAGCAGACUAGUCCAUAAAAUUUUCUUGUUGUAAUAAGCUAAUAAUGAUGAAAUCUUAUUCAUAAAGAAAAUUAUGAAAUCUCAGUUCAUAAUAGUACAAAAUCUUAUUCAUAAAA